AUGUCGUCCUCAUCAUCCUCAGCAGCCGAUGCAAGACGCAAAGCCGAAAUAGAAGCCAAGAAAGCAAAACUCCUCGAAAUCCGUCGUCAACGUGAAGAACGUGCUCAACGACUCAGGUCCACCGCCACUUCCUCCGCCACUUCCUCCGCCACUUCGGCCGCCCUUGCAUCCGACUCGGCAUCCUCUGCACCCAACUCUUCUCGAAAAGACCUAGACGAUCUUGUAAACUCGCUCAUAUCUAAUGCACCCGGCACUCGCAGUUCUCGCGCACCCCUCAUCGGUGAUCCCUCUUCCCCACGCAAAUCCCUCCUCGCUGGUGGCAGUGACCGUCCAUCGUCAGAUUUCGGAGGAUCAGAAUCCGAAGUUCCCUCUACUCCAAGCGCAGCGACACACACUGCUCCCUCCACCACAGCUGUUGCCGUAUCCGAGCGUCUGGGUCCGGUGGAGCUGAUCGAUGUACAAACCGAACUUUUCGAGUUACCCCGAAAUCAACGUGUAUUCUAUACGAAAGAGGUUCAGACUGCUGCGCUUGGCCCUUCCGACUCUGAGGACGCAGCUUAUCAUCCUGCAGGUGGAGUCGGUGCAGAGUCCAGGGCGAGUAGAGAGACCGACGAGAGUCUUCGGGCCAAGAUCCAAGCAGAGUUAGCAGCAGACCAGGCAGCACGUGCUCAAGAAGAUCGACUCGAACGAGAAAUUGCCCAACAGCUCCGCGAACUCACCGAGGAAGAGAGAGUGGCCCUUUAUACCGCACAAGGCUUUUCCGAGUUUGUGGAGCAAAGUAGUAAGAUCGUGGAGAGAGCUUUGACGGAUAGAUACGAUUAUACAAAAGACUACCGCAUCACCUCUGACGCCAUUACUUGUGCUGAUUCCGCUUCUCAUCUCCGUCUCCAACGUAUCUUCGGAGGCAGCGGGGAUCACUUGUUCGCCAAUCGAAGCGUGACUGCUAUCGAUUGGAGUACCAAACACCCGGAGCUCUGUGUAGUCGCCUACAACCGUAAUGACCAAGACCAAGAGGCACCCGACGGAAUAGUUGCCGUUUGGAACACUCAUCUUGCCGAACGACCCGAGUUUGUCUUUUAUGCCCAAACCGAUGUCCUCUCGGUUUGCUUCUCGCCCUUCCACCCGAACCUGAUCGUUGGCGGAAGCUAUUCAGGUCAGAUUUUGAUAUGGGAUACACGAUCGCGUCAACUUCCCAUUCUCAAAACUCCCCUCUCCGCAUCUGGUCACACGCACCCCGUCUAUGGCCUGGCGAUCAUCGGUAGUGCCAACGCACACAACCUUGUUUCUGCCUCCACGGACGGAACUCUGUGCUAUUGGAUGUUAGAUAUGCUAGCUCGACCUCAAGAAACGCUUGAACUCAUCAACACCACGCACCCCAAAACCGACGAGGUAGCGGUAACUACACUGGGCAUAGCAGAUCAAGAAACGACUUGCUUCCUAGUCGGUACCGAAGACGGUAACCUCUACGUAGGCAAUAGGUACGAUAGAGCAGGCUUGAAGGCCGGAUUAAACAUGGCAGAGGUCUAUAAGGCACAUCUCGGACCGGUGACAGGCUUGCAUUUUCAUCCUCUCAUUCGUGGAGGUGCAGUUGAUUUUUCCGAUCUCUUUCUGACGAGUAGUGUCGAUUGGACAAGUAAGCUUUGGAGACUUAAGCCCAAUAGCUCAGGUACAUCCACCGCUAUCAAGGCCACAGGCGAAUCCGCCAAAGGUGGUAUGCAGGCCCUUUUGACUUUUGAAGAGAGUAACGAUUAUGUCUAUGAUGUCAGAUGGAGUCCUACUCAUCCGGCAGUUUUUGCGCAGGUGGAUGGGACGGGAAGAUUGGAUUUGUUCAAUCUCAAUCUUGAUACCGAGAGGCCGGUGGCCAGUGUAUUUUCCGCACCCAAUGCUGGUGGUGCCAAUGGCAAUGCAGGUGCGAUGGAGGCGAUCGGAGCAAGGGGAGCAAAGGCAUUGAAUAAGCUAAGUUGGGCAAAGAAUGGGAGGAAAGUUGCAACAGGUGGUUCGGAUGGAGUGCUGUGUGUCUAUGAUGUCAGCGAGCCUUUGGCCGUUGCAGGUGAGGAUGAGUUCAAGCUGUUUCAGGGAGUCAUUGGGCGGUUGUUAUCCGAGGGAAAAGUAACUGCGCCCUCUGGUGGAUCUGUGAGGUUGUCUAGUGGCUUAUAA